AUGUCACUUGACCAAGAGAUUCUCACAUAUGGGUCAAAUUUCAAUGUUUUCAAAUAUAAAGAAUUUUAUAGCGUUACAAAGAUCGAUGAAGGAGAGUUUGGAACUAUAUACAAAGCUUUUUGGAAAGAUUGUGGAAUUACUGUUGUCUUCAAAAAACUGAAAAAUAAUAAAGCAUGUCAAAUCACCCAAAAG